GAGCCAUUGGCAUUUCAUCCAUGGAUCGCAACGAAGUGAUUCCGGCAUAUGCCAAUUAUAAGAAGAGCAAGCAGUGUCGGCAUUGCAUCGAUGCAUCACAAUUCCAUCUUCAAAGUGUUAGGGAGAAAAGAAAGUUCAAAUCGUCAAGUGUUUUGCAUCGAUGAAUGGCAAUUCCAUCUUCAAGUGUAACGGAAAAAAGAAAGUUCAAAUCACAAGACGUCUCUCUUCCAAACUUGGAUUCCAUUUUGUCGAGCCUCGUGAAGGCCGGCGCGUGUGGGGCACCACGGCGUUCGACCAGGUCACCAAGGAGGAGACGGUGGCGGCAUUCCUGUACAAGAUGGACAGGCCGUGGCUGAAUGCGGACGAGUUGAGGGUGGAAAUCCGGCAGGGCAAUGCGACAUGGGUGAUCGGCCAGGGAGACGAGACCAUCAAGGUGAAGUUGCGGAGGAACCAUAAGAUGAGGGUGAGCGAGGCCACCGCUUCCACGAGCGCCGACGGUGUGCUCACCAUCGUGAUUCCCAAGUGGUAUGGGCCUCGGAAGUGGUACGAGUUUAAGGACUUGGCGUUUAAUAAGUUCAAAACGUUCCGCGUUGGGAUUUCUUGGUCUUGA